UGGUGUCAGGGGUCUCUGCAGGCAGAAGGCUACAGUCUGUAUAAAGACAGGUACUCUCAGCCCUUGGAUACGAGCAUCCCAGAGACCUCCAGCAACAAGAUCAGCUUCCUCAUUCAGUCCAUGAGCUCACAGUACGCAGGGUUGUACCAGUGUGCAUACAGCACUGGACGCAUGCUGUCUGAGAGGAGUGAGCCCCUGCUCCUGGUGGUGACAGGAGUAUACAGACCACCCCCCUCCCUCUCAGCCCAGCCAGGCCCGGUGGUGAACUCAGGAGGGAACGUGUUCCUCUUGUGCUACUCUCAGUCCACACAGGGGACACUUUUCCACCUGCUGAAGGAGGGAGGGGCUGAGCCGCUCCAUAGCAGGAAACCAGAAUGGAAGUACUAUGCUGGGAGAUGGCAGGCUGUCUUCCCUGUGAGCCCCAUGAGAUCCUCCCAUGGAGGGACCUACAGAUGCUAUGGUUCCUCCAGCUCCUACCCCAAUGUGUGGUCACAGCCCAGUGCCCCUCUGCAUCUCCAAGUCACAGGUGUGUACAGGGAACCCUCCCUCUUGGCCCAGCCAGGACCCAUGGUGCUGCCUGGAGACAGCCUAACCCUCCAGUGUCACUCGGAGCCUGGCUCUGCCGGAUUCGCUCUGACCAAGGACCAACAGCCCACACACCUCCAGUAUCUCCAGGGGCAGCACAGCCCCAACUUCUCCCUGGGCCCUGUGAACCUCGCCCACAGGGGCCGCUAUAGGUGCUAUAGCAGACACAACCUCUCCUAUGUGUGGUCCGCCCCCAGCGCCCCCCUGGACAUCCUGAUUGCAGGAAUAUACGAGAAACCCUCCCUCUCAGCACAUCCAGGACCCUCAGUGCCCUGGGGAGCGAAUGUGACCUUGCAGUGUCAAUCUGAGGCCAACUUCACCAUCAGCCCUGUGACCUUGGGCCACAAUGGGACCUACAGGUGCUACAGCUCACGCAGCUCCUCCCCCUUCCAGCUGUCACAUCCCAGUGACCCCCUGGAGCUCCUGGUCUCAGGAGGCCCUGAGGAUCAGCCCACCACGAAGUCAGGCCCCCAGUUGGGUCUCCAAUGGUCCCUGAGCAUCCUGAUUGGGGUCUCGGUGGCCCUCGUCCUGCUGUUCUCCCUCCUCCUCUUCCUCCGACACCGGAGUCAGAACAAAGGCAGGACAUCGAUGGGCGCAGCAACAGAACAUGAGGACAGAGGACCGCAGAAGAGCUCCAGCCCAGCUGCUGACGUCCAGGAAGAGAACUUGUAUGCUGUUGUGAAAGACACACAGCCUGAGGAGGACAGACACCUGGACAGUCAGGCUGCAGCAUCUGAAGAUUCCCAGGAUGUGACCUACGCCCAGCUGAACCACUUGGCCCUCAGACAGGAGACAAGUGUACCCUCUUCCUCCCCAUCAGAGGAGCCCCCAGAUGAGCCCAGUGUGUACGCUACUCUGGCCGUCCACUAACCCAGAAAGGAUCCUAACCCCACACUCCAGGGAGGGGGUCUGCAGGGACCCUGGAAGGCACAGGAGCUGCCCCCAAGGACACUCAGCAGUGGCCCCUGCCAGCCUGGAGACCUCACUCGGGCCCUCAGCAGCUCUGGGGCCUUUUAGAAGUCGAUUGCUUCUGGAACUCCAUCAUCACAUGGCUGAUCUACAUCCCCUAAGGGACCCCACUGACUGCAAGAAUCCCUUGGAACUGCAAGGCCAGAAUUAUACACGUGACAACCUUGGGCUGAGGGUAGGCCUAUAAUUCAGCCCCAGUGAGCCACAGCUAUCACUGUGAAGCUGGGCACUCAACUGACCUCAGAGCCCAAAAGUCCCCAGGCACAAAGGGACCAACUAUAGGGUACAAAGUGGCUACAGCCACUGAAGGGGUUGCUCAAUUCCAUACUUCUCAUUUCCUGAUCCAGCCCCUUCCUCCCCUGCCUGAUGCAGCUUCUCAGCAACGAAAAGGAAGUCUGCUCCCUCCUGACCAUCACUGUCUUCCUUCUCUAAACACAGGGGGAGGGGUGCCUUUCAUAGGCCACUAACCCAUUCCCCACUUCACAUCAACACAGAAUUAGGAAUCUGUCCACCACCCACCCUGUAACAAGCUGUGUAAUGAGCCUGUAGAUCUUGUCAAUCACUACCAAUUAAAAUUCACCAGCUGCCCUGACCAGUGUGGCUCAAUUGGUUAGGCAUCAUCCCACAAAGCUAAAGGUCACCAGUUGAUUCCUGAUCAUGGCCCAUGCCUCAGUUGAGGGUUCCAUUCUGGUUGAGGUGUUAUUUCUCCCCUUUCCUCCCUCCCUUCCCCUCUAAAACACAAACAAAAAACCCCCCAGCAGCCUAUGGUGGAUGGGAUCAGCCCUGUUCCCAGCACCUCCCUGCCCCCACAGCUCAUCCUGACUUCCCUUGUCAUGGGUUGGGGAAAGGCUAGAGAUGGGUGAUGAUGCUGAUCUCCACUUGCUACUUCCUCUGCCUGAAAAUGAUUGUUCAACUUUGAGCUUUUUUUUUAUUGUAUUUGUUCAGAAUGCUCAUCUUUAAACUUAACUGAAAUUAAAGAUAAUCCGUUUGCCAA